AUGAGGACCACUAGUGUGUCUCUUAUCCGAGCGAUCUCACCAAAAUCAACGAUAUGUAAACGAUGUCAUUCCACAUCGACCAGCUCGAAAAUUCCAACGCCUGCAAGAUUACGAUUUGCUCCCUCGCCUACAGGUCACUUACAUCUCGGAGGUCUACGAACGGCAUUAUUUAACCAUCUACUAGCUAGAAAAUGGAAAGGGAAGUGGAUAUUGAGGAUAGAAGAUACAGAUAGGACCAGGUUUACGGAAGGUGCUGUAGAUAGCUUGAGGGGAUCUUUGGAAUGGGCUGGACUGGAUUAUGAUGAAGGGGUCGGAAUAGGUGGGAAGCAUGGACCGUACACUCAAUCGGAAAGACUGGAUAUAUAUCAUCAUUAUACCAAGGAACUCUUAUCACGAAAUGAAGCAUACGAAUGUUUCUGCUCGCCCAACGAAUUGGAAGCUAUCAAAGUAUCGUUGAAACAGCAGGGAAUGAGACACAGCUACGAUGGACGAUGUAGGCAUAUCACAGAUGAAGAGAGAAUACGGAAAAAGAAAGCUGGGGAAAGAUUCGUUGUGAGAUACAAAUCCUCAUCCGAAUCGAUGGACAUCCCUCCCGAUCUCAUCUUCGGCGAUAAUCAGCCUUCAGCGCCUACAGCAGGAUUUGAUGAUUUCGUAUUGAUGAAAUCUGAUGGAUGGCCUACAUAUCAUCUGGCAAGUGUGGUAGAUGAUCAUUUGAUGGAAAUAAGUCAUGUUUUACGGGGUGAGGAAUGGCUACCAUCUAUACCGAAACAUCAUUCCCUUUACAAAGCAUUUGGAUGGACCCCACCGAAAUUCGCUCAUCUUCCUUUACUAUGUAAUCCAGAUGGUACCAAGUUAAGUAAGAGGAAAGGUGAUACAUUCGUAGAGCAUUACAUGAAACAAGGCUACGAACCCUCUGCUCUCUUAAAUUUCCUAGCCUUAAUGGGAUGGGACUAUCAUUCAGCCCUAUCAUCCAAAACCACUCUAGAUCCUCAUAUCCGCAACGAUGGUCAUUCCCUAUACGAACUGUUCACAAUGGAUCAAUUGAUAGAAGCGUUCGACAUCACACAUAUAGCACAUAGGAAAGCGGCUGUGAAUCAGUCAAAGUUGGAUUUCCUGAAUAAGAUGACGUUGAGGAGAAUGGCUGGUAGAUUAGGCAAUGAUGGAGUGAUGGUGAAUAGUGGGAAAAUCUCCCAUGACAAUGGGAUUCAGGGUGAAAGAGAGGGUUUGAUAAUGAGGUUUCAGCAGGGUUUGAAGGAUGAGAAAGUUUUGAAGGGAUGCGAAUGGGUGGAGGAUGUAGAGUAUGUCGAAAAAGUAUUCGAUGCUGAACUACCCCGUACCACCAUCCUCACCGAGAUGCCGAUGCAUUCGAUAUUCUAUUUCCUACCUCCCACAUAUACAUGCCACGAAUCACAGUCGAUGUUGAAAGAUCUCACACCGAGGUUAUACUGUCAAUAUGUAUCCUUGUUCGCAGAUACACUCCAACAAUCCGCUAGUAGCAGUUCCUCUACGACACUGAACGAGGAUUUAGUAUGGGAUGUGAUUCAUAGAUUAUUAGAUCAAUUGGGUAUAGAUAGGAAACCGAAAUUGUUGGUUCCGAUAAGACAUGCUUUGACAGAGAGGAAAAAAGGACCUAGUAUACCUGAAUUGAUAACGAUCUUGGGAUUAGACGAAACUCUAUCAAGAUUGAGGAGAGGUGUUGAAUACGUUAGAGAAUUAGAUCAAUCUAACAAACGGAAGCAAGAUCAAGUAGAGUGA